UACAUUUAUAACCUUGAAGUUGUUUCAAAAUUUGAGGUUUUCUUAGUUUAUCACUCGAAAACUUACUUUGUUAUUAGUAAAAAUGUUAAAGUCGUUACAUAAAAAUCGUAAAAAUUUGUAUAAGCUUUUUAAACGGCUACAUUCAAGGAAUUCGAACCCUUUUUCUACUCAACCGGCAAUUAAUCCGAAGACCACCUCACAAUCUCAAGACAAAAUUUUGAAAGACAUUGAACAGUUGUCUCAACUGAAGAUAAAAGUACGUUCUAAACAACCUCAGAGAGCCCCUUUUGUUAAGAAUUUGUUUUUGGGUACAUUUGAUACUGAAAUUUUGUCUUAUCCCCAAUUGGAGAAAGAGGAUUUAGCAGAUUUAAAUAAUAUAGUAAAACCAGUAGAAGAUGCACUUUCUUCAGGAGAUCAAAUAAGUAGAGACGAUUAUAUAAAUUUAAUGAAGACUUUAAAACUAACAGGUUUAAAAGUUCCACAACUUCUUGGUGGAAGAGAAUUAACUGUAACAGAGAAUUGCAAAUUUGAUGAAUCUAUUUACAAUAAUUCCUCUAUUGCAUUGAGUUUAUUAAAUAAUGAACAUUUUGGCAUUCAAACUAUCCUUCGAUUUGGAACUGAUGAACAAAAAGCUAAAUAUUUACCUCUGUUAAGUACAGGAAAGAUUUUUAGUACAUUGUGUGUUAAUGAAAAAGGAGUUAUUGACCCUUACUCAUUAAAAACAACGGCAGAGCUCAGUAAAGAUAAGCAAAGUUGGAUUUUAAAUGGAGAGAAAUGUUGUGUAAUUAAUGGAGAUUCUGCUGAUUUGUUUAUAGUUUUAGUCAGAACAAAUAUUAUUGGUAAAAGUGGUUUUAAGGAACCUAGGAUUUCCUUGUUUUUAGUAGAACGGGGUUUUGGUGGAAUUUCUCAUACUCCUUGUAAAACAUUAGGAAUACAUGACAGUGGUGUUGCAGAUAUAAAAUUUGUUAAUACACCUGUUCCAGUGGAAAAUUUAUUGGGAGAACUAAAUCAUGGUGAAAAAGUGGCAGAGCAACUACUAACAGAAGUAAGAUUGGGUAUUGGCACUGCUUGUAUACCAUUAACGAAAAAUAUAUUGAAUGGACUUACUAAAUUUACCUGUGAAAGUAACAUUGGUAAUGUUUGUUUGAGUGAAACAGAUCUUAGUUAUUAUAAAAUAGGAAAGUUAAGUAGCUGGCUGUAUGCAAUGGAAAGUAUGACAUAUUUAACUUCUCUUCUUUCGGAUCAGUAUGAGAAUCAGGACUGUGAAUUAGAGGCAGCUAUAGUAAAGAUAUUUAAUAGUAAAAUGGCCCACAAAGCAGCAGUAGAAGCAAUGGAUUUUAUGGGACCACAAACCUAUCUUACAGACCAUUGGCUUAAUAAACUUCAUAAUGACGCCCUGGCUUAUCGGCUUUUACACGAGCCAAAUGCGAAUCUCGAAAUAGUUGUAGCACUUUUAGGGCUACAGUAUGCUGGUUUGAAAUUAAAAGAUGUGGUCGAAAAGGUUCGUAAUCCAUUUUAUUAUUCAGCUUAUGUAUUCAAAAGAUCGUGGUCACAACGUAGACAGGUCGAAGAUAAUCCAAAAUUGACGCUACAUUUAGACGAGUAUUUGCACCCUUCAUUAAAAUUGCCAGCUGAAUGGUUGGAAUAUUGCGUUUUAAGGCUGCAGUUUGCUACAGAAACACUUCUAUCAGUUCAUGGAACUAAAGUUGUGAGCCAGCAUAUGGAAUUAAAGAGAAUUGCCGAGUGUGCUAUUUAUAUUUAUGCCAUGACUGCUUGUUUAGCUCGAUCGUCUCGAUCUUAUUGCAUAGGACUUCGCAAUGCGGAAAUAGAAAUGUUUUUAACAGUUGCGUUUUGUAUGGACGCCAGAAGUAUUAUAAAAGAAAACGUUAAUCAAAUAUUUAGUGGACGAUACGCUACCCGAGAUGAAUUUUAUGAAAAGGCUGCCAAAUGCGUGUUUCAUACAGGAAAAUAUUUUGCCGAACAUCCUUUGGCUAGAAAUUAUUAAUUGGUUGUUAUUAUUAUAGGUUUAGAUGUAAUUUAUUUAAUCAUAGUUAAGUUGAAAUACAUUUAAGUUGUAUUUAUUUUUUAAUAAAUUAGAAAAAAUUGCA